UGUGCUGUGCUGUGACUUCUUGUCUGUACUGUACCUAUCCGUAUUCGACCUGAAUCAAUUCCAUCUCUUCUCGUCUUCCUUUUCUCUUUUCUCCUCCUCAUCCCCUCCUUCUUUAAUCCCUCUCUUUCUUCCUUUCCCACUCUCUUUUGGCCAUGGAUGUUCGUCGAAGACAUAUUUCCUUACGCGUUCUCGAUACCUUUUCUAUAUUCCAGUAUUAAUAAACAAACUCACGAUACCAUCUUCUUUUUUCUCUUCAAAGUACAUAAACAGCUGGCGGCCCCCAACUUGAUCUCGCUUUAAUAUCCCCUUGUCGAUCCUUCUACCGAGCUCUCAUCAAAUGUCGCGCUACGAUCCGGAUCGUUCUUCCAUCACAGCUUCUUCAGCGACUUCAAAGAGCGAUAUGGCACAGUCAAACGAUGGGCUACAUAGGAUGAAUCGCCUCACGGUGGAUGAUGUGAGUCCUGCUGAGGACGAUGACGAUUAUAGCGAUACGACGUCCAAUUACUCGACUAUUUCCGAAGACACCCUUCCCCUGAUUCGCGAAUACGGACAUACCUACCACGGGUCUGGCCAGCUCCUCACGCCGAACGAUGCUUCUGAAGCGCAUCGCUUGACGGUCCAGCAUGAGCUUUACCAAUUGUGUCUUAACGGUAACCUUGCCGAUUCGAAAUUACCGCUUGAUCAAUAUACUCCCGAGGAUCCGAUGGAGAUAUUGGAUGUUGGUGCUGGUACGGGAAUAUGGGCUUGCGAUAUGGCCAAGCGGUAUCCCCAGACCAACAUACUCGGUAUCGACUUGAGCAGCGCAUUGUUACCCGAAGAUGUCCCUCCGAAUGUUACCUUUGAAAUCGCCGAUGCUACAGAAACGUGGCCGAACCGUACAUACGAUUUUAUACACAUGCGCAGUCUAGCUGGUGGCGGUGUUCGUGACUGGAACGCUCUGUUGGCCGAAGCCUACGAUCACCUCAACCCCGGCGGGCAGAUAGAAAUCGCCGAGAUCCGACCCCAUUUCUUCGACGCCGAUCCUGAACACGUUGAUUCCGAAUCAGGAGAAAAAGGCGAAGUCGGCGCAGCCUGCAAAGAGUACGAGAAGAUAUUCGAAGAGAUGUGCAUCAAGCUCGGCAUCGACUGCGAUCCCAUUCCCAGAGUCCCUGAAAUUUUAAACACCCUGGGGGCCGAUCUCAUCCGAGUUCGGGUAGAUUGGCUACCGAUACAGAAUUGGGGAAGUGAUCCGGUCACCCAACAGAAACGCAAGGCCCUGGCGGAGAUGGUCGAGUGCGGUAUAGAGAAUUGGACGUUGAGGUUAUUCGGACUCGGAGGGUGGGAGGAGAAAGCGACGCGGGCUCUGCUUGAUCGUGUUAGAGAGGAGAUUAACGACCCCAUGCUACGCAGUUUGGGGAAAGUGACGUUUGUCACGGCUCGAAAGGAAACCGCCAGCGGCAAAUAGGUUUCUUAAGGAAUAGGCAUAGAGAUGUGCAUAUAUUGGAGUUUUUGGGUCAUCACGGCGUCAAAGGCAUUGUGUCUGGGGCGGAUGUCAGGAAGAAUAGGGAAUGGUGCAAACCAAUGAGCUCGAAGAGAAUAACCCAAGAUGGGGAAUGGAUACCAUAUGGGACAUAUAGGGCAUGGAUUGGUUCAU